GAAAGCCCCGCCAAGUGGGCGGGGCCGGGAAAGCGCGCCUUCAGGGGCGUGAGCGGGGCCCACUUAAAGAGCGCCGCGUCACAUCCGGUGGCGUUAGACCGGGGCGGAGGUGGUGCGGAGCGCGUCGGUCCUUAGGCCACUCUCAAAAGUGUGUCGUCGCGAGAGGCUGCGGCGGGGCCUCUGGUAAGAAGGCAGGAGCUUGACAGCUUCCGUAAAGGCCAGCAGCGGGGACAGCAAUCCGGAGCCAUGAGCGACAGCGGCGAGCAGAACUACGGCGAACGGGAAUCCCGUUCUGCUUCCAGAAGUGGAAGUGCUCAUGGAUCGGGGAAAUCUGCACGGCAUACCCCUGCAAGGUCUCGCUCCAAGGAAGAUUCAAGGCGUUCUAGAUCAAAGUCAAGGUCCAGAUCUGAAUCCAGGUCCAGAUCCAGAAGAAGUUCUAGAAGGCAUUAUACAAGGUCACGAUCUCGAUCCCGCUCCCAUAGACGAUCCCGGAGCAGAUCUUACAGCCGAGAUUAUCGCAGACGUCACAGCCACAGCCAUUCUCCCAUGUCUACUCGAAGGCGUCAUGUUGGGAACCGGGCAAAUCCUGACCCCAACUGUUGUCUUGGAGUAUUUGGAUUGAGCUUGUACACCACGGAAAGAGACCUAAGAGAAGUGUUCUCUAAAUAUGGCCCCAUUGCUGAUGUGUCUAUUGUGUAUGACCAGCAGUCUAGACGUUCAAGAGGAUUUGCCUUUGUAUAUUUUGAAAAUGUAGAUGAUGCCAAGGAAGCUAAAGAACGUGCCAAUGGAAUGGAGCUUGAUGGACGCCGAAUUAGGGUCGAUUUCUCUAUAACAAAAAGGCCCCAUACCCCAACACCAGGAAUUUACAUGGGGAGACCCACUUAUGGCAGCUCACGCCGCCGAGAUUAUUAUGACAGAGGAUAUGAUCGGGGUUAUGAUGAUCGGGACUAUUACAGCAGAUCAUACAGAGGAGGUGGAGGAGGAGGUGGUGGAUGGAGAGCCGCUCAAGACAGGGAUCAGAUUUACAGAAGGCGGUCACCUUCUCCUUACUACAGUCGUGGAGGAUACAGAUCUCGGUCCAGAUCGCGAUCAUACUCACCUCGUCGCUAUUAAAGCAUGAAGUUGAAGACUUUCUGAAAGCUGCCAUAGAGCUGGGAUAUUGUUUGUGGACAAUAUUUUCUAUUGUCUCCUGUUUAAAAAGUGAACAGUGCCUAGUGAAGUUAGGUGACUUUUACACCUUUUAUGAUGACUACUUUUGGUGGAGUUGACAUGCUGUUUUCAUUCUGCGUUUGUGUAGUUCGGUGCUUUGUUCAAAGUUAAGUGUUUUCAGAAAAGUAUGUUUUGCAUGUAUUUUUUUACAGUCCAAAUUUUGACUGCUGAGAAGUUUCUAUUGUACAAAACUUCAUUUAAAAGGUUUUUCUACUGAAUCCAGGGUAUUCUGAAGAUCGAAGCCUGUGUGUAAAAUGCUACCAAAUGGCAAAAAGCAACAAUAAACAAGUUUGAUUUUUACUUUUCUUUCUAAAUAUCAGUGCUUAACCAGAACCAUUCUUAAGUUACCAGUAAAAUAUUUUAAAAUAAAAAUACUCAAAUUUC